GAGCGGAAGCGGGUGUUGAGGAUGAGUUUGGACGAGUACUCCUUGGCCAAAUUUUACAGUCUGUUCGGGAUCUCAAAAGUGAAGAGUCCAGCUGUGAUGGCAUUCCGUUCGAGUUACAGGAACGCGGGGAUCGGAGAACGUUUCGGGCCAGAUCGGUCACUAGGUGGCUCUGCUCCCGACCGCGAAAAGAUUUCCUUGCAAUCGCUCGAAAUCAUCGCAGACUCUUUACUCGAAAUCAUGGAGGCAAGUUUCGCAGUUUUACGGGGUGAAUGUACGAUGGGGCCGCGACAUACGGCCGAUUCGACUUGGGGACACUGCUGUAUGAAGGACAUUCCGGAGAGCAACUGGCUCCAGCAGUGGACAGCACUGGCCCGCAGCUUUGCCCUGCGCUACAACCCGGCCCUGCAACCCAGGGCCCUCAUCGUAUUCGGCUGCAUUUCCAAAUCCGCGUCGGACACGGACGUGAAGCAGCUUUUGCGGAUCCUGUUGAAGGCCCUCGAGAGCUUCUCGGACAUCACUUUGAUCGAGGCGAUCGUCAUGUGUUUGACUCGGCUCCAGCCCUUGUUGAGACGGGAUUCGCCGAUCCACAGGGCCCUGUUUUGGGUUGCCUUGUCCGUGUUGCAGUUGGACGAGGUGUCGUUGUAUUCGGCUGGACUCGCUUUGUUGGAGAUGAAUCUCCACACGCUGGACACGCUGGGAGCCUUUUACCGAGUGAGAGCAGCUGGCAUGAACGGAGACGAUGGCGCCGGUGGCGGUGUCUUUGAGCGCCACUCGGCGUCCCACACCUGCUCAGUGGAUACCGUCAAGCAGCGGACGAAGGUGGAUAAUUUCAAGUCGAGUCGGUCGGCGUCGAUCCCGGGUUCAGGCGUGGCACGCCGACACAAUCAUCGGUUCGCCGCCAGCUGGAGCCACCAGCAGCACGCCACCGCCAAAAAGGACGCCGGCCCGUGUCCGUCAGACAAGAGUGGCGGCGGCGGCGGCAGCGGCGGGAUGCCGAGAGCCUCGUCCGUCUGUCGGCUUGAUGUUGUCCAGUCCCAGUGUGCGAAUGGUUGUUACCAUCCCCUAGUUAUUAUUCCGGAUAUCCUUGCCUUUUGUCCGGUUUUGUUAUCUGAUAAAUAA